UAAACAUGCCAAUUGGUUUAUUGGUUCCCCUGCAUGAAAUGCCUAAAAUACCCUUGUCACUGGUACGUUAGAGGAGAAUAAUUGCAAAUACAAACCUUAACCUCUUCCACUGUGUUAGUUUCUUCCUCUCAAAACAAGAACAAAGGCUAAUUAAUACACUCUUGCAUUCUUAAUUUGCACAAAUACGGCAAAGAAAUAGGUCUACAAGGAAAGCGAGCCAUUUUGUCAUCUCACAUCGGAGGAAAAUGGGUGUUUGGGGCCAAAUACUGGCCGCGGCCCUGCUAACCUGCUGCGCCGCUAUGCCGUUCUCCGCCGCGGAUCCGAAUGACGAGCGGUGUCUAACUCAUCUGAGCGAGUCCUUACAAGACCCAUUAAAGAAUUUGCAGAACUGGACUAGGGCCACCUUCGCUAGCCCUUGCCAGGGAUUCACCUCCUACCUGCAGGGCGCCACCUGCAACAAUGGCCGUAUCUACAAGUUAUCACUCUCCAGUUUGGCCCUCAAGGGUACAAUCUCGCCCUAUCUGUCGAAUUGCACAAAUUUGCAGGCUCUGGAUCUCUCGUCCAAUGCAUUGACCGGUCCUAUCCCGCCGGAGCUUCAGUAUUUAGUCAAUUUGGCGGUUCUAAAUCUCUCAUCAAACCAUCUAUCUGGCCCAAUCCCUCAGCAACUGGCGCUUUGUGCAUAUCUCAAUAUAAUCGAUUUACACGAUAACCAGCUGUCGGGCACUAUUCCCCAGCAGCUCGGUCUACUUGUGAGACUGUCCGUUUUCGACGUUUCGAAUAAUAAACUUUCCGGGCCUAUACCCGCGACGCUGGAGAACCGGAGCGGGAACUUGCAACGGUUCAAUGCGAGUUCCUAUGAAGGGAAUAAGGAUCUUUACGGAUACCCGUUGGCGGCGAUGAAGAGUAAAGGGCUAUCGGUUAUGGCCAUUGUGGGGAUCGGAUUAGGUAGUGGGUUGUUGAGCUUGGUCCUCAGUUUCAGUGCUGUUUGUAUAUGGUUGAGAGUUACUGAGCAGAAAGUGGAGAAUGAAGAAGGGAAAAUCAUGCCUGAUUAUUGAGAUUGCUGUAAUUACAAUCAAUUGCCGUUUCUUUU